AUGGGUGAUGCUUUCGAUCGAAAAGUCGAGCAGAUCACCUGCGACGAGUUGCCCGAGAUACGUGAAGAGCUUUACGAGUUUGGAAAGAAACUCAACGAUAAAGUCAAUUUAAUUCGUGCACGCAACAAAGAGAUGUGGGAUGAGAUUUAUGGGAAAACGGGAAACAUCGAAUAUGCGAUGAAUUUACUCGAGAGAACAUUGGAUGUCGAUGAAGAGGUUCAGCAAGUGAAAGAGCUAUUGAAGAAGAUCGAGAAGAAAUUGAAACAAGAGAUAACUAGCAAUCAAAACGUUAAUCGAACCAUGUCAUCAGCGUCAUUCGAAGAGAUGAAUGGGAGCUCGGUGGAAUUGAUACCAGAUGACUACAUCCCACCGCCACCCUAUGAAGAGGCUGACUGCGAUUUGGUGAACAGGUCGUCUCCAGAAUCGGCAAAUCCUUUGAGACCGAUAUUGAAAAGGGAUGGCUACUCUGUGCCGGUGGAGGAGAACAUUGAUCGUCGCUCGCGCCCAGUGACAAGAAAUCGCUCUCGAUCUCGACGCCGACCGAGCAUUACUGUCGAUGAUGAGGUGGCUGAGAAACGAAUUCAAGGCAUUUACACCGGACCGCAGUUUGUUUUCGAGAAUCGAAAUCGAAGCCUUCGACAUAUACAAGUCGAGUUUUCCUAUGAAGCAAAACGUCACGGAAUCCGGGACGACGGCCAAAAAGAAGCUGGUUAUUAUCCAUUUAUUCGAAUGAAAGCACUAGGACAGAUGAAAGACGACGGGCAACAUGACUGGCAGGAAUGGACGAUUCGAUUCGAUCGCCGCGAGAACAAAUGGUUCCCCCGAUUCGAUCGCGAUCCUCCAAGAGAUAAUGUCGAUUAUAGAAAA